AAGGCGGCCACGGAAGGCCCGUCCCAGCCAGGAAUUUCGCUUGGAUUGUGGAGAGGGCAGCACCCACAGCUUCUGGGGGCAGCAAGUCGAGCUUCCUGCUGGAUCGCACAUCGAAAUCGGGAAGCAGCCAUCCAAUAUCGUCGAGAUUGCGCUUCCGCCCGAUGUGAAGAUCCCGCUGCACGAGAUGACGCGCAGGUGCGAGCUGAUCUUCAAGAUGGUGGAUGGCAGGCUUGUGAUCCGCAGGCCGUGUAUGUUUUCGUUUUCCCAGCUCGUCAGUGAGCUACUCGCGUAUUCCAGGCGCAACCGGUGCUGUUCGUGCGACUACUGCGUGUCAAGCUCCUUCACUUGGUUCCGGUGUAGUGACGGACAACUGCUAGGCCCUGAGAUCGCCAUCUCCGAGAAACGCAGCUUCGAUACGAGCAGUGAGUCGGCUAUGAGCUCCGGCAAGAUGGCUCUUGAGGGUGUGGGCAUUCUCGUGCUCAUCCAGUUCUACGAGUCGGAGGAGGAUGCCAAGCGUGGAGUUACCUGGCAAGCCGAGCUCACGAAAGCUGCUACGUUCGGGUUUGUGGUCCCGGGCUCGGUUGUUCUGGUGGCAUACUUGGAUCAUGAACAGGGGGCAGUGAAGAUGGACAGACUUGAAGCUCCCAGAUUCUUAGACAUGACAGCUUACUCUCCGCGGCUGAGUGGCAUGAGGUUCUAUCCUGCGCACUUCCUCGGUAGUCUCUGGGCGGACCCUUUGCAUGAUCCAGCGCUGCUGGUAGCUCAAACGGAUGAGCUACGAACUCGGCUGGUGGAAAGUAUCAGUGAGGGGAGAACGCAAGUCGCGUAUGAGAUUGUGGUUCUGCUGGAUAGUCUUGACUUUGUCGACCCUGUUCAUGGCAACACUCCGCUGCUGGCUGCUUUGCAGUACCAGGCUCCUGAUCUCGACUUGGUCAAGUUUCUGGUGGACAAUGGUGCCAACGCCACGGGCAGAGCGAGAAGUGGAGUGUGGCCUUAUCUCUACGCGGUGGUGAAUGGCAUGCAAGCUGUAAUGGAUGCCUUGGAUGAUAACGGCAAUUCCCAGACUCAUCUCAACAGUUUGGCACCCAAGGAGCUGUGCGAAACAGAGAAUCCGGAGCUGCUUGAGAUGCUUUUACGCCUCGGCUUAUCUCCGAACAAGGCGUAUGAAGGUAUACUACCCCUCAACAAUGCGCUAUCUGGAAGGAACUGUAUGGAGAGGCUGCAGCUCCUGCUGAAAGCUGGAGCAGAUCCGACACUGCAAGAUGGCCAGGGGAAUUGUGCCUUGGGCCUUGUUGUGGACGACCAGCCUCCGGAGAUUGUCCGCCUAGUGGCUCGUGUGUGCCAAGAGCGGAGCGUGAUCGACACCAAAGUGGAUCCCGUGAACACUGCUCUUGGUGUAGCGUGCCUGUUCGACGAGCCAGUGACUUGCAGUGUGCUGAUGGAGUGUGGAGCUUCUCCCUUUGGUACAUACUGCUAUCCUCCACAUGAUCUGCAGACUGGCCUCAAGAUGCUGUUUGCUCUCACAGACACACCACUGCCAGAUUGUCUUAAGUAAUAUAUUUGGUUAUACCCUGCUUCAAUUAUCACGAUAUUAUGCUACCAACGUUGUUUUCAAACGAUAUGGAAUUUUUUUUGGACAUUUUAUAUAAAUGCCAAUUG